UUCUCACCUGGUGGCCGCUCCGGAGGGAGCCGUCCCGCCGCCGCUGCUCCCCAGCCGGGACCUUCGGCCGAGCCCCAGCCAUGUCCAUGCUGCCGUCCUUCGGCUUCACGCAGGAGCAAGUGGCCUGCGUGUGCGAGGUGCUCCAGCAAGGGGGGAACCUGGAGCGGCUGGGCCGGUUCCUCUGGUCCCUGCCGGCCUGCGACCACCUGCACAAGAACGAGAGCGUCCUCAAAGCCAAGGCGGUGGUGGCCUUCCACCGGGGCAACUUCCGCGAGCUCUACAAGAUCCUGGAGAGCCACCAGUUCUCGCCCCACAAUCACCCCAAGCUGCAGCAGCUCUGGCUCAAGGCGCACUACGUGGAAGCCGAGAAGCUGCGGGGCAGACCCCUGGGCGCCGUGGGCAAGUACCGGGUGCGCCGAAAAUUCCCCCUGCCCAGGACCAUCUGGGAUGGCGAGGAGACCAGCUACUGCUUCAAGGAGAAGUCCCGGGGCGUGCUGAGGGAGUGGUACGCGCACAACCCCUACCCCUCGCCCCGGGAGAAAAGGGAGCUGGCCGAGGCCACCGGCCUCACCACCACCCAGGUCAGCAACUGGUUUAAAAACAGGAGGCAGCGGGACAGAGCAGCAGAGGCGAAGGAAAGGGAGAACACUGAAAACAACAACACGUCCACCAACAAACCCAACCAGCUCUCUCCCUUGGAUGGGGGUAAACCGCUUAUGUCCAGCUCCGAAGAAGAAUUCUCCCCCCCACAAAGUCCAGAUCAGAACUCAGUCCUUCUAUUACAGGGAAACCUCAGCCAUGCCAGGAGCUCCAACUAUUCCCUGACCGGCUUAACUGCCUCUCAGACCAGCCACAGCCUUCAGGACUCCCUGCUAGGACCCCUCACCUCGAGCUUGGUAGACCUCGGCUCCUAAAACAGGAGCAAGCAGCCGUUAAAGCAAUGGAAACGGAGGUUUACCGCGGCGAUAAGACACUCGAUUGUAAAUACAGGACAGGACACGAUUUUACAGCUUAUCUGGUGAUUCUUAACACGACUUUAAACUCUCUUUUAAAUCGCUCCCAAGAAGCCUCCUCUCCUCUCCUAUCUAACGCGCUUACAGCUUUCCCAUUCUUUUUCUCCAAGCAGCCAAAUGAAGAAAACGGCGGUUCCCUGAGAUUUUUCUCUCACGAUGUUCCUUCGAAUUCAAUUAAUUUUUUUUUACCAGCAGGAAUUACAAAAUAACCGGAUUCGAUUCAGUUCGAAACAAAGUGACGAAGAUCCGAUCUGUCACGUAGAGAGAGAAAAAAAAGAGAUUGAUGAAGAGUCUUUCUAUAGUUGGGGAAAUUUAUUCUCAGUUGAAUUCUUAAGAACCCAGGGCGGAUAAUCUACAAGGCCUUUUAUUUGGGAGGGAAGUGGGAGGGGAAGUGAAGUUUACAUUUUUCACAAUUCGUGUUAACAAAAGAUUUCGGUGUAGAUUAAAUUUUAAAAGAUGCAGUAUUAGAAUAAAAACCAGUGCCUAUGUCUUAAAGCAGAAAUACGAGGCAAUGAGCUAGAGGAACUUCAAUGACCAUUAAUAGAGCAAACAUUCUUCUUCUUUUUUUUUUUGUGGUGAACUUUCGAAAUGCAUCAAUGUGACUUAAACUAAAAAUAAUAAUAAAAAGAAUAAAUACGGCUUCCUCUGAACAAUAUUACUUAUUAUACCCUGACAACUUUCAUGGCAAUAUUGCAUACUCUUGUUAGCUUGCCCCUUGCCCUCACGCCAGAGUUUGUCUUGCAAAAGGAUGCAGAGCUGGAAGUUGGAGUAUUUGUUACUAAAAUUAGCAUGUGCUUUCAGCUUUCUUUUCUAUUGUACCUAAACAAGCCUAAAUUAAA